AUGUCUGCAAGGAAGUUUAAUGUCGGGAUCAUUGGUUAUGGCCUCAGUGCCAAAAUCUUCCACAUCCCCUUCGUCACAUAUGUGCCCGAGCUGAAUCUCCAUGCUAUCGUGCAGAGGAGCCCCAAGCCCGACAACGAUGCUAGAAAAGACCAUCCUGGCGUACAGAUCUAUCCAUCUGUGGAUGAUUUGUGCCAAGACGAAAUGGUUGAUGUUGUGAUUGUGACCACAGCCCCAGAUCAGCAUUUUCCCCUGGCCAAACAAGCGUUAGAAGCUGGAAAACACGUCGUGGUUGAAAAGCCCUUCACACCCACCUCGAAGGAGGCAUAUGAACUGACUGACCUGGCCAACAAGCAGAAGAGACUGCUUACAGUUUAUCAAAAUCGUCGAUGGGAUGCAGACUUUUUGACGUUGUCGAAAUACAUCAAUAAUGGUUCUCUUGGUCGAGUAGUCGACUUUGAAACACAUUUUGACAGAUAUCGACCCCAGGCACCAAACUCCGACAGCUGGAAAUACAAGGUCCAACCAGGAGGAGGAGCAAUAUAUGAUUUGGGAAUCCAUUUGAUAGACCAGGUAGUUUACUUGUUCGGGACCCCAAAGAGGAUCACAGCCUUCAUCGGCACCCAGCGAGAACCAAACCCAACAGGCUUCGAAGAUUCGUGCACCAUUCACAUGCACUACGAUGGUAAGAUGGCGACUGCCAGAGCAAGUGUCGUGAGUCCAGAGGUGAAUCAAUUGAGAUAUUGGGUACGUGGCGACAAAGGCAGCUUCAAGAAGUUCCACUUGGAUUGUCAAGAAGAACAACUCAAAGCUGGUAUGAGACCUGGUGAUGCUGGCUAUGGCCUUGAGCCGCAAGACCGAUACGGGGUGUUGACAAUGGUGGACAACGGAGAAAUUACAAGCGAAGUGGUACCAACUGUGGAACCAGCGACUUAUGCUGAGUAUUAUCGCAAACUUGCCAGAGCGCUUGCUGGGGACACGAAGCAACUUCCAGUCGAUCCAAAUACGGCUUCUUUGAUCAUUCGGCUUGUUGAGUUGGCAUUGCAGAGCUCGUCAAGUGGGAAAACGAUGGAUGUGUAG